UUGUUUGUUAGAAAAAAAAAUAAAAAAGAUGCAUAAAAUGCAGUUGUAUUCGCUUCCUUUGAAAUAGGACGCCAUUGCUUCUUCCUUUCCACUGUUCCUCAAGUGCUUUAGCAAGUUCACGUCGGCUGCUGCGUGCGUUAUUUUUUCUCUACUUCUUUUUUUUCCCCGUUCGAUAAGGAAGGUUUCAUUGUUCCCCUCGUGAUUGCGAGCUCGAAAAAUGGCGUCGCUAUGCCUUUUUUUUCUUUCUCGAUAAUGCAGCUGCUUCAAUUUUGGGAUGACUACAUUGGCUUUUUAUAAUAUUAUUCCCUUAUACGUUUUCCCUAUUUUGAACUUUUGGUACCCAAUAACUGCGUGAUAUUUUAGUAUGGUAAAGUGCAGAGUGUAAAAAUUCUACCUAAAAAAGAAGAAGAAAGUGGAUCUUGCGCAACGGUUGCAUUCAUUGACAUUAAGUCCGCUUCUAAAGCGCACAAUGCGGACAACAAAAUUGAUGACAGAACUUUAAAAACUGAUUACUACGAACCUCCAGCCUCAAGUACAGCUUCAUCUGCAAUUUAUAUCCACGAAAGAGAUGACGCUUUAGUGCGACCGGCGCAAGCGCCCUAUACUGCCGGUCGCACACCACGAUAUGGGCUUUCGGAAGAAAGGAACUAUGAAAGACCUGGUCAUUACUAUGCUGACCGUGAGCCCUACUUGAGAAGGCCCCUUGGCAUGGGAUAUCAUGACGAAGAUAAUUAUCAAGGUAGAGCAAAAUCUAGAGAUAGGUAUCCCAGGUCUGCUUCCGGAAAUAACUACACAGAAGGUACAGAAAGGAAUCAAAAUCAUUUUCGUGCCCAUAAUGCCCGUCAACAUUUUGAACAGCCAAGGUAUCCUGUUGGUGAUCAAUAUAAUGAAGAACGUGAUCCAGCAAGUACAACACCAAGGUUAAAUAGAAGGACUAAUAACACACCAGCUACACCUGUUGUAGCUUCUAUAGCAUCUCCAAAUACAAUAAGGACUGAAAAUAGACUGAGAAGGACAAAACGGCGGUCUCCUUCUCGGACUCCUUCAGGAUCUAGAUCGAAUUCAGGGUCUCGGUCUAGGUCGCGUAGUUCUAGUGGUAGUAGGUCAUCUAGUUCCUCAUCAAAGCUACGUAGUACUUCAAGUGAUAGUAGUGGCAGAUCACGAUCCCCUUCCAAGUCUCGAUCACCUGUGACUGCUGCUUAUGGAAGUCAGAGUAAUCUAAAGGGUAGUCGGCUGGAUAGGCCGUCAAGUGCCAUUGCCAAUCCCUCCAGCUCUGUAAAUUAUAUACCCUCAACUGUAAAUACUUCUGUAAACUGUAUAUCAAACAAUUCCCAAGGGUCCACUCCAUCCCAAAAUUGUAUAGCAACUAUUGUUGAAAACAACUCUGAGAAAGAUGAUAAAAGGCCGUUAGGUAUAUGUGUAAGAAAUUUACCAGUUCGAUCCACAGACACAAGUUUGAAAGAUGGCUUAUUUCAUGAAUAUAAAAAGCAUGGAAAAGUAACCAUGGUGAAAGUCAUAGGUCAAGGGUUAGACCGCUAUGCUGUGGUUUGCUUUAAAAAACCUGAAGAUGUUGAUAAAGCAUUAGAAGUUUCAAAAGACAAACUAUUCUUUGGUUGUAAAAUAGAGGUUACUGCUCAUGAAGGCUUGGAUGCAGAAGAUAAUGAGUUCAGGCCUUUAGAAGCUGAAUUAGACGAAUUCCACCCAAAAGCAACAAGAACGCUUUUCAUUGGGAAUUUGGAAAAAGAUAUUACAACACCUGAAUUACGGAAACACUUUGAUCAAUUUGGUGAAAUUAUAGAAAUAGACAUAAAAAAGCAAGGAUCUGCUUCAUCUUAUGCAUUUAUACAAUAUUCAGACAUUGCCAGUGUUGUUAAAGCCAUGCGUAAAUUAGAUGGUGAGAAUCUUGGUGCUAAUAGAAUAAAACUAGGUUUCGGAAAAAGUAUGCCUACGAACUGUGUGUGGCUUGAUGGCAUUGUUGAGUCUGUAUCAGACAAAUUUCUAGCUCGUCAUUUUAGUCGGUUUGGCAUUGUUGUUUAUACAGUGAUCGAUAGAGAAAAAGGCCAUGCUCUUGUUUUUUAUGAGAAUGUAGAAUUCGCACAAAUUGCUGUUUCUGAAAUGAGAGGAAGAAUUCUACAAGGGAAAAAGCUUCAAGUUGAUUUUGCUAGUCGAGAGUGCCAGACUACAUUUUUUGAUAAGCUAGAGAUGUCUGGUCAGUUAAUCCCUGGUGAUGGUACUCGACCCUGGGAAAGACGUGAAAGAAGAGGACCUGAAUUUGAAGUUCUAAGAAAUGAUGAAAGGGAGCCGCGUGUUGGAUUUGAUGGCCGUCCUUAUCCUAGAUAUGAUGGACAACCUAGGCCACCUAGAGGAAACUUCAGAGGUGGACAACGUUCUGGGUUUGCAUCAAGAGGUAGAGGUCAAGGAUUUUCUGCAAGAUAUGAAGUGUAUCACGAUGAAUUUGGAGAAAGACGGCACCGGUACAAUUCUCGUGAAGAAAAUGUUCCUGAAGUAACUAUGUUUGAUGGCAAGAUUGAACGUCCAAAAUAUGUUGAAACAAAUGACUGUUUAAAUCGCAAGCGUAACAAGUUGCGUAACAGUGUGAGUGAUCAAGAGAGUCACCACAGUCAAUCUCCACCUCGCUCUUGUCAUCAAAGCAGGAGCACCAGUCCAGUUUCUAAGGAAAGAAAGACUUUAAAAGACAGAUUGCACCACAGAAUUAAGAGUCCAGGCAGUCAUAAUUCCUCCCUUGUAAAUAGCCCUUGUAGAGAUGCUGCCCUUGAUGAAGUGGAAACUAGCUCAGACUAUAGAGACUCUCGAUGUAAAAGUGAUAUUAAGAUGGAUGACUCUUUGGCGGACUUAUCUUUCUCAUCACCUCGGAGUAGCUCUGAAAAAGAAUGUUCCGAUAAAAUUCUUUCCAAAGUUGAUUGUGAUUCUCUUCGUUCACGCUCUUCCCUAGAUGGUGAUAGUGCAGACGAAUUUGGAAUAACAAAUGACCAACUUGGACAAAUUGAAAGGAAGAAGCGUCUUUUGGCGUCUUCCAAUUUCAAGAGUGGUAAAGAUCUCAGUUUGCUUGUUUCCAAAUCACUUAUGGAAAAAGUAAAAAACAAAACACCUAAUAGUCACUUGAAUUCAGUGAAGUCAUCUAAGCUGAAUUGUGUAUCUGAUGUUUUAACUGAUGACAGUAAAUGUGAUUCUGAUGAUUUUAACAUCCAAAAUGACUGUUCAAAGGAAAAACUUCUUCUAAAUGAUUGUAUGAAAAAAUCCUCAGACAUGAUGAGCCUUUUUGAACAGGUUAGUGCUCACCUAGAACCCAGUGACUUUGAGAUUUUUGUUAGUGGUGAUCGGCUGAGCAGGCGGAAACAUCGGUCGCCCUCUAGCUGUUCUGAAACAAACACUUGUUAUGAAAGUGAUGUUAAACUUUUAACCAAAGAAGAUUCUGUUAAAUUGUGCAAAAGUGGGAUCAAAGACUCUGCAAUAUUUAAUAAAACAAAGUCUAAAAUGGACAUUUCUGAUGAUAACAACUGUGUUUCCAAUUCAUUGGAUUCUUUUGUGUUUCGAAAACAUUUAGAUCCUAGAAAAGGAUUUGAUUCACAAUCUGUUAACAAUUCACAAAAAUAUCGCAGAAUUUCUGUGGAUAGUGACUCUUGUCUUCCAAAUGCACAGGCAGCCAGUGAUUCUUUUUUAUGCGCAAAUUCAACAUCUGAUGUAUCUUGGAAAAAGCAGUGUAACUCCCUAACAAAUCUUCACUUUUCUGAAAGUGAUGUUCCAUUUUCACAUUCUAAAACAAAAGAGGAGAUAGCUUCUGAUGAAGAAGCAUUGAACAAUAAAAAAUAUCAUCUUCAUAAUUCUUCACCAAUGUAUUCACCUAAAACAUUCUUAUCAAUACGGACGUUUUCUGAUGGUGCCCACUGCAACGAUGUAAAGAGAGAGAGGGAUAUAAGUCCCUUAUCUCUACCAUUACCUAAAUUUGCUGCAUCCCUCCGUUCCCCUAAAGCUUCUCCAAAUGUUCUUACAUCUCCUAAAACAAAUUCAGCUCAUAGUCCAAGAGCUGGAUUUUCUCCCAGUUCAGCAUCUAACAAAAAUCACCGUUAUAGUGAAUUUAUGCCUGAUGUUCCAACUGAAAAGAAAGUGAAAUGUUUAGUACCUGAUGACAAAGCUAGCAUUGUCGCAGUUUCGUUAAUGGAUUCGGUGCAGUCUCUUGAUUCACAUACAAUCAAUGAAUCAACAGAAACUGGACCCAACCUGGAAUCCAUUCAGUCUCCCAAAAAUAACUCAGAAAAACUCAAAGAGCUUAAUUGCUCUUCAGAAUCGGACUUAUCACCAUCUUCUUCUCCAAGCCGUCCAUCUAUCGAAGAUAGAAUAAAAGCAUUAGAUGAAAAGUUUAAUGCGUGGUCUGGAACAACAAGACCUACACCUACAUCAGCACCAGAUACCUCACCUAGUACUUUAGUUGACAUUCCACACUGUGCAGUUAAACGGUCUAGAUUUAAUAGUUUGACUGAUGUAGUACCUGAGCCAUCAGAUAUUAUGAAAACUCUUUUAGCUAGACCAACUAUAGUAGACCAAGAUUGUAAACGUCUGCAACACAUUGAUGAAAAAUAUGAACCUUUAAACAUUAAAGUGGACACUAUGCCAAAAAUAAAACCUACUUUUCGAACAAAAGCUGCUGCCAAGGAAUUUUCAACGCCAAUUAUUCCGCCUAUUCAAAAUUUCAAUCCAACACCUUUGGUGAAAAAUGUUACAUCAGUACUAGUCGCACAAGGAAUUAUGUCACCGCCUAACACACCAAUGGGAAGUGCUGGGAGCAUUUUGUCUCCAGUAACACCUCCAAUUCAACAAUAUAACAGUCAAAUAACACCACCAGUAUAUACACCUUGUUCUCCUUGUUCAUCUUUUAGUUUGUCUGCUACUACAAAUAAAAUUAUUGAUGGUUUUAAUUCUAAUUUUGACAAGGACUUAUGUGAUAACCCUCUGAAGUCAACUAGUGUUAUAAAUUCUGCCAAGGCUAAAACAGAUCCAAACUUUCAUACCAAUUCUACAAUGCUAGCCACUUCUUUAAAAAGUCCUUUACAUUGUCCUAUGGAAUUACCUGCUCAUUCUAUGGUUUUAAACUCUCCUCCUAAUAUUAAGAAGGAGCCAGCAUCUCCCACUGAUAGUGUAACAGAGGCUGUAUGUAAAAUAGAUUCAGAUAUUAAAUGUUCAAUUAAGAAGGAACCUGUUAUGAAGCCAGCUAACAUUCCCCCAACUCGAAGAGAUAGUACAACAAAAGAACAUUCAAAUUUCAUUUCAAUAGAUCACGAUAAAAAAGACUUUUGUGAUGUUAAAGAUCCCCGCUUAUCAUAUCAUGAAGGUGCUGCUCAAUGGAGAGAAGUUGGUUGCAAAAAUGACAUUAAACCUAAUAUUGACUCUUGUGCCAAAUCUUUUGUUACGAAUUCUGAAUCUGAUAACAAUGUCAAACCUGUAUACUCUGCUGUAAAGAAAAGGGUUUCUUCUAUAGAUAGUAAUGAAUCUGAAUCCAGUAAAUCAGUAAAGUCAUUGGAAUCCAGCAGAGAUAGUCAUGAUAUCAGUUGGACUAAACAGGAAAAGAAUCCUGAACCUGAACCUAAGAAACUAAAACUAUGUAAAAGUGUUAGAGAACGUUCAGCAUCUCCUCCUGUAUUGCAUGUAAGUUCAAAAAAGAAUGAAAAGAAAGAAAAGUGCUCUAAAAGCGAUAAAAAUAAAUCAUCAUCUUCCUCUAAAUCCAAUUCAAACAGUUGUGAUAAAUCUAAAUCUGAUUCUAAAUAUAGUAAUAAAUGUGACAUUAAAGACAAAUCUAAAUCAGAGCACAGGUUAAAAGAAGAAAAACGUUCUAAAUCAAAAGAUUCCAAAGAAUCAGUAUCAAAAAAUGAAACUAGAGACUCGAAAGAUAGUAAUCCCAAAAGUGAAUCUAGAACAAAAUCUAAAGAAAGACGAAAUUCAGAUAAAGAUAAUAAAAAUACAUCUUCAAAUAAUAUUGCUGGUAAACCAAAAAAGGAGUCCUCUUCUAAUAAAAUGGAAAAGAAAAGUAAUGAAAAAUCCAGUGAAAAAACAACUGAUAAAAUGAGUGAUAAAACCAGUGAGAAAAAUUCAGGAGAGAAAAAAUCCUCUAAAUCUAAGAAACUGGAAAAACAGUUAGAAUUUGAUUGGGCUGCCUGGAUGGACGAUGAACCUGUCUAUUUUUCUAUGUAUGAUAAAGUGAAAGCUCGUUCUAGUAAAUCUAGAACUGAAACAUUGAAACAAACUAAUGAUUUGGAAAGUGUUAGACAGAAGUUCAAUAAACUUAAACAAAGACGUGCAAAACGUGAGGAAAAAAGCAAAUCCAUUGAAGAUAGUGACAAAGAUUCAGAUUCUGUUAGCCAUCACUCUAGUGAUUCUGACUCUCAAACAAGGUCUACUAAGAUGAAGCAACCUCGUAAGCGUAAAUUAGUUAUAGAAAGUUCCUCUGAUGAUGAUGCACACCAUAGUUCAAACAACAGAGUUAGUAAGAUGGAAAAAGAUUUUAGUGACUCAGCUACUGAUUCUGAAUUUGAAUACAACGUUUCUCAGAGGCAAUCUAUUCCUCACAAAUCUCGAAAAAAGAAGGCUGAAAUACUUAACACUGAUACUUCAGACUCGGAAUCAAAUUUCAAUGAAAAGUCACACUCAAUCACGAAGAAAAAGUCCUCUCAGAGCCGAAAUAAAUCUCGUUCUGAGAAGUCUAAGAAAUUUAUUAAAUCAGAAGAUGAUCAGUCUGAAUCAGAUAGUCAUAGUAAGCACAAAGAAAAGGAAAGUAAACCAAAGAAAGUGAGGAAAGAUAAAAUUCCUGAAAUAAAGCAAGAAAUUGAAACUGAUCAUGAAUCUCUGAAGAAAGAAGAUGGUGGUAAAAGUCAUAAAAAGAAAAGUUUAAAAGAACACAAGCAAGAACCUGAACUUCCAUCACAGAAGAAAAUAAAAUCCGAGCAUCAAACUAAAGACAAAAUACCUUCUUCAAAAGAAAGAAAAUCCGAUGGUUUUGUUGAAAAAAUGCAAAUUGAUGAUGCUGAUAAACAUAAACCUUACACCAAGAAAAGAAAGAAGUCUAAGAAAAUGUCCAAGAAUAAAGAAAAAAGAAAUACUGCUGAAAAAUCUUUUCUUCAAGACUCUUCUAGGAGACAGGAAGAAAAUGACUCUAAAUUGCCUGUUCUUUUAUCACCUAAGCCCACUAAUAAUCCUCUAGCUGAUAAACAACUUUCUCCUCCAUGUUUGCAAGCUGGAAUUUUAUCCGAUAAUGAUUUUAAAUCUGAUUUUUCAGACUUUGAUUUUGAAACUCAACCGACUGAAGAUAUGGACAUUAACACGGAAGACUUAUGGAAACAGUUAGAGGGCAAAUCAGACUCAAACUCAGAAAAAUCUUCAAAAAGUAAGAAAAAAGAUGCUACUUCAAAAUCUCAAUCAUCUAUACAAUCUCCUGAGCAUGAUAGCAGCCUGCCUUCCUUUUUUGAUAAGCUUUCGGACAUUACUGAUUCUGAACCAGGGAGAGAUCCUAAUGACUGUGUUAGCGAUAUACCGAGUGAUAGUUCAAAACACCAUUCAUUUCCUGUAAAGAAGGAAAAGGAAACUGUCACGUCUCCACACAAAGUAAAACAAGAAAAGAAUCAGAAAGAAAUUGCAAUUAAUGAUUAUGCUAAACAUUCUGAUACUCAUAAUUCAUCUAAGGAAGAAAAGCGAAGAAAGAAAUCAAAGAAACAAGGAAAAGAACGCAAAAAGAAAUCUCAGGAAAAAAUUAGAGAAGAAAUGCCCGUUCCGGUUGAUGUCCAACGAUGUUCAACGCCUGCACUUUCUCCUAAAACCUCAUUUAACACUCUUCCACUUGAUGAUGACAGUAGACUUUCUGAUUUACGAAUAGAUGAAGAAAUUGCAGAGGAAGCUAGGCGUCUUGAGCAGGAGCUUUUAACUGUAUCUGAGGAAAAUAGUACUUUUGGCGAUGAUUGUUCAACUAAAAGAGAAGAAAAACAGUUGGAAAGGCGAUUUGAAGAAGAAGCAGCUAAGGAAACACGUAGGCUUGAAGAAGAGUUAUUUUCUACUGGUCGAGAUUCUUGGCAUAUGAAAGAAAAGGAUUAUGAUUCUGAAGUAGCCUCUGGAGAUCUAGGUGAAGAUAAGAUUGCAACUGAAAUUGAUCCCCUAAAUGGAAAAGAAGAGAAUAUAUUUACGGGAUUAGAUUUGCAUUCCUCCAUUCCAGAACCUUCUCAAAGUGAAGUUGAUGCUUUUUUAUCCGGUCAGUCUGAAACUGACCCUUACAAAAUUGAUGACAAAGAUAUGUCUAAUGAUAUUGAAGAUCAAAGAAAAAUAGAAGAUGAUUUGGCAGUUUCUGCUUUAUUGCAAGAAAUGCAUUGUGGAGAAAUAUCUGCUCCUGAAUUAACAAAGGAAACAGAUUAUCUUGAUCCCCUUUUAGAAACUCAUCCUGAAGAUACAAUGAGUUACUUGCUUCCUGAUGAUAGUGAAAAUUCUCUUCAUAUAGCUGAUGGUUCUCCAGAUAAUCCUGACAAUGAAAUUCAAGAGGAAAAAAUAGAAGAAUCUUCUGUUAUGUUACUUUCUCCUUCUUCAAAUUCAGAGCCUCCUGCAUUAGAAAUUUCUAAUAUCGAAGAUUCUGAAACUGUAAAAAUAGAUUCCAUCCCUGAAAAUACUAUGCCUGGACCAGUAAAACUAGAAUCUGUUGCUGCUACUAAUGGUGUUAAUUGUGAUGUAAAAAAUUCAUCUUGUUUUGAAUUUCAUGAUGAGAACAGUUUGGGAAUUAGUGAAAAUAAACCACCUGUUAUUGAUAUUCCUGUCAUUCCAGAUACUAUGGAACCUUGCAAUGAUUUUGUUUCUCCGAAGCUGGAUAAAAGUAAGGCGCAAAAAGGAAAAGAUCAUGAGAAACCUAUCUAUACACCUGAAAAAACUAACUCUGGUAUUAAUAAUGAUGAAACAGCUUUAACUGAAAACCAACUGACACAUUUCGAAGAUAUCACAAUGGACACCACUGACAGCAAAGAUGAUGAUAAUCCUCCUGUUCUUCUCCCUGUUGAAUCUCCUCCUAAUCUUUUGCCUGUUGUUGAACCCAAAGAUAAAAUAGAUCCUUUUUCAAGAAUUGAUGUUCCUGAAAAUCCUACAUUCGACAAUGUGCCCAGUAAAGCAGAAGCAGUUGUAUUAGACCUUGUAAAAGACUUAGAUGACAUGUUUGAUUCAAAAAUUGAAACUAGUAUUUCAAGGUUUUCAGAUAGUCAUGAAAAAACCAUGUCCCAAAGCAGCAUAUCACUUAUGUCUGAACAAAAUAGAAAUGAUCCAUUAAGACUUAACACUUCAGAUAUUUUUGAGAACUUCAAAUCAUCACAUUUGCCAUCAUCUCCUCAUUUUGAUUCUUCUCCCUUGCUAAAACCAGUUAAUAAAAGUUAUACUAAUCCUAUAUCAUCAUCUAGUAGCUUUGUGGAUCAAAUAAAUCUUGAUAAGUACAGUUUCGCAGAAUCUGCCAUUUCUAAAAAUCCACCUCUUUUAAAAUAUUCCGACAUUUUGAACUCUAGCUGCGAAACUAGUGUAAUACAAUCUGCUCCUAAAAUUGAAAAUAGUGACAUUCUAUCAAUUUCUGAUAAAAGCAACCUCUCUAAUUGUGACAUAUUUGCUCAAAGCCAAGAAAUCAGUGAUUCAACUGAAGGGAAUCAAAGCAAUUCUGAUAAUUUUCUUCUUGAAUUGUUUCCCUCUAAAUCUGACGAAAGUAAUCAUAAAGAAGAGAAAUCAAAAAGUGGAGAUGGGUUCUAUUUUAACUCAGAAAGUAAGAAUAACUUGCCAGGUAUCGAUAAACCCUCAUUAGAUCUGAAUCAGUCGGAUAGUAUUGUUUCAUCCUUUGAAAUUCCUGAAGUGAAUGAACAAAAUGAAGCUACAGAAUUCAACCAGGAUAUUUUCGAACCGUCUUCUAAUGAUGCUAAAGAUUCAAAAAUACCUCAAUUAUUAAGUUUCAGCUCAGAACAACUGUUUACUGAUAAUUUUGGUAGUAAAUCUCCAGUUAAUAAUUCAUCUGAAGAAACAGUCAAAAAUUUCACUUGCAACACAGAUAUUUUGCAACAAUCUAAUCCUGUGGAUAAACCAGACAUUGCAGAAGAUGAAACAUCUACUUCAGUUGGUAUUGAAGAUAUUUCUAAUAAAAUUGAGUCAUUUAAACCUGAAGACAACAGUUCAGUUAAAACUUUUGAAAAUUUAAGUCUCACAAUAGACGAUGUGUUUUCAUCGAGACCUACUGAUGCUGAUUCUGUGUGCAGUGAUACAACUGAUAUAACAAUUCCUGAUACAAAGAUGGAGACUGAUGGAAAUCUAAUAGCAGCAACUAACAAAGAUCACAAUGAAACACCUCAGGCAGAACCUGUUCAGGAAGAGGCUGCAAUUCAAGAAGAUGCCCUUCCAGAUCCUCAAGUAACUGAUGAAGCUCUUGAAGCAGAUACUAAAGUGGAGCGACCUAGAAGAGGACGAAGACCUAAAACCAGAAAGUAUGUUGAAGCAUUGUCUCAAAAACAAGGAAGCUCACAAGACACACCAAAUGCUCCCCAAAGUAGAAGUUCGAGUCGCCGUGCUCGUCCAACAUCAUCUGAAAGAGUUAGGCGUUCAUUGAGAAGUGAUACAUCUGAAGUUGUUCCUUUAAGGGAAUCUGGAAGAAAACAUGUUCAUGAGGAAGUUUCAUUUUCUGAGAGUGAAGAAAACAAAAGAGAUGAUGAAACAGGUGAUUCCUCAAAUCUUAUUCCAAUCACCACUAGGGCAAAUUCUCGAGAAGAUGAUAGAAAUAAAAGUGAAGAGCCAAGAAGGAGAAGGGGAAGACGAAAGAAAAUUUCUGGGGAUCCUCCAUCUGCACCACCUGUUAAUAAAAUUGAAACUAAAUUGGAUGACAUCGAACCUUCAAAAGAUUACAACCGCUCCAAAGAAUCUCGAUUUAGGCUUUCUUUGUCAUCUGAAAAGGAACAUAAAGCAUCAAAGGAUAAUUCUAAUACCAUAGAUGUUUAUGACUUUUGUGAUGAUGAAGAUGAGGGAGAAAUCAAUUCAUUUAAAGACAUAAAGGAUAGACUUCAUGAUACAUCUAGAAAUACUUCAUCCAUAGAAAUUAAGCCAUCUGAAGCAUUAUCUUCUGAUAAGGAUAGGAAAAAUAAAGAGCAAAAGCAUGAAAAAUUAGCUGAAAUUGCCAUAGAAAAAGAUAAAAAAGUGAAAGAAAUAAAACAUGAAAAAUCAUUAGAGUAUACCAAUGAGAAAGAAAAGAAGAAAGAAUUAAAACAUGAAAAGUUGUUUGAGGGUGUACCAGAAAAAGAAAGGAAAGUGAAAGAUCAGAAAUAUGAGAAAUUAUUAGAUAAUAUUGAAAAGGAAAAGAAAGCUGAAGAGUGCAAAAAACCUGUUCUGGCUGAUGAACGAGAUACAGCUAUUAAAGAACAUCAUCCUGAGCAUCCUAAAAUAUCUAUGACCAUCAGAUUGAAUAAAAAAGAUGGUAAUGAUGGUACCUCCCCAUGCAUUGCUGAAGUUGUUAAAACAUCUGAAGCUCUGAAUAUUGAUGAGCCAAAAACAGAGCCAUCUAAAGUAGAAAAACAAACACCUUUAAAACAAGAAUCCCAAGCAUCUGAGACUGCAUAUAGUGGACCUUGCAAAUCUACUCGAAAAUCUACUAGGCUAAUGAACCAAGGUCGAUCAGCUUCAGAUCCUAGAUCUACAGUUGAUGUUGUUAUUGAUGAAGUUGUUAAAAAUCAUGCUGAACCAAUGCAGACUAGGUCAUCACGUCGCUCAAAAGCCAGUAGGCGAAGUGAAGAAAGUUCACAAUUAGUUUCUUCAGAAAAUUCCAAUGAUACAACAGAUGAUAAAAAUAAGAAUGAACCAGUAUUUUUCAUACAUGAUAACGCUGUUAAAGAUCUCCCAGAAGACAAAAAAGUAAUUUCCUCACACUCAGUCGAGUCACCUUCUGCAUCUGAGAUAUCAACAUCUGCAGCUGAUAAAAUUCCAAAUCGUAUUACCAAUUUAAGAUCAUUUAGAAUGGCUCGGCUAGCUGCUUCUAAGUUGGAGGCUACAAAAGAAACCAAUCUUGGUGUUUCAAGUGAACAAGAGUCAUGCAAGAAAGAAAAAAUACGUAGAAGCUCUUUAGAUGAAAGAAUUGAAGCAUCUCCACUGAAAGAACAUAGAGAAAGUUUAGAACUACCGAAAGAAUCAAAAUCUUCUGUUGUCAUUUGCCAGCCAGAAUUAAAAAUUGAAAUAAAUAGAAUUAAUUUAGAUCUAACUAAGGAAAAAAUUGUUAAAACUUUACCUGAAAAAUUUUCUGACUGUAAGGAAGAAAGUAACUCAAAUUCUGGUCCUACUGUAUACCUUGAUCCAGAAACUGGAUUUUUAACCACUUCAGGCACUAAUGAAGCUUAUUCAGAUGCAUCAUUAAAUACCUCUCAUGACAGUAAAAAUAGUAGCAAUAUAUUAGUUUCAGAUAUGUCCAGUAUUCCUCUUUCAAAACACAUCACUCUUGCUGAAACGCAUGCUACACCAUCAGUAAUUCAAGAAAAUUCCAAAACCAAUUCAGUUAAUGUGACUGAAAGCCUUCAGACUGGUAGAUCAUUACGUUCUCAUCAAUCACCAUCUGCUCAAACAUUGCCUAUCUCAAAUCCACUUGCAUCAACUGAUAUAACUUCAAAAAUUGUAAGCAGUAAAACUAUUGAAACUAGGAAAGAUAAAAGAACAAAUGUUACUGUUGGUGGUCCAUUACCUGUAUCUAGUACUUUAGUAACAACCUCUGCACCACUUCUCACUAAUUCCACACCUGAAGUAGUCAAUACUGUUAAUUUAUCUAGUGCCAUUCCUGAAAAUAAACCCAUUGCAAUAGCAGCACAUGUGCCAGCUAUCAGCUCAGUGACUGAAAGUUCUGUUCCAUCUCGUGUUAAUUAUGAAAACAUUCAGCCCAAAAUUCCUUCUCAUCCUGUGCUCAAUUAUCAACCUUCUUCAAGAGAAAUAACUGCAAUUACAUCUUCGAACGCUGGAUAUGUUACAACUAUAUCAACUACUGUACAAAAUAAAUGUUCUACGAGUACAACUGCUCCAUCAGUAGUUCAUACUAAAACAGAGCUUCCUGUUACGUAUACUUCUAUGAAAAAUUCACUUAUUCCAUUCAAUGAACAUACACCUGGUAGCAAUUGCCAGCUUGUUUCAUCAGGAAUGCAUAUGUCUUCGGAACAUUCCAGUGUUGUAGUGAAACAAGAAUUACUAAAUGAAACCCCUCCACCUCAUGCUUCUCCUGUAGCCACAUUAGCUUCAUCAUCUCACAAUGCUCCUGUGACGUGGUCCAAUUCAAAAACAUCUUCGAGCAGGAUAAUGGAUGCUCAUGCUCAUGUGAGCACAAUCCAAGCUGGGAACAUUAACAAAAAUUCUGUUUAUACUGGAAAACAUGAAAGAUCAGCUAAGAUUCCACAUAACAAAAAUAGUUCAGCUUUCUCUGAUUCUAACUUUCCUUUGUCUGCUUAUGAAGGCAUGCUUCCACUGGUUGCUGCAUCUGGAAAUACUGGAGGUGUUAUUGCUGAACUUUUGCAAAAUCCUCAAUAUCUUCAACAGCAUAAAGAUUAUUUCACAUCAGCUGGUCAACUUCAAGACAGGAUUCAGGUGCCCAUGGUACGUCCUUCAACUCCUGUUGCAUCAAGCAUUCCACCUGAGUUAGCUGCUCGUCUUGCACCAACACCUCCACACACACCAACCCCACCGGUUACAUCUUCUAAUCAUUCCUUACAGUCAUCUGAAAUGUAUUCAUCUCACGUUAAUUCUUCACUUCUCAUAAGGCAUCCUGGUCAAUCUGCAUUAAUGGUACCACAGCAUCCUGGUCUUACACUUCAUCAAUCAGAAUACAAUCCAAUUUUUCAUCAAAUGAUAUAUGCUGCGAAUCAUCCAUAUGCUGCCAUUUCUGAUCUCCGAGCCCAGCAGGAAGCAAGAGCUGCAAUAAGUAUGAAUCCCCGUUUUCCUUACCCUAUUAAUCCUGCUGUUGCCAACAAUUUCAAACAGCCAUCUGAUCCUAGGCACUCAAUGCAAAUGGAUGCAAAAUCUGAACAAAAAUUAAUAAAUGACUUAUCAAAAAUAGUACAUGAAGCCAGAGGUGCUGAAGAGAAAUCUCAACACUCUGGUAAAUCUGUUCGUAGUAAAAAAGACUAUAAUAGUUCAAAAGAAAAAGAUGUCAAGGCUUUAUUGGACAAUAGAGACCAUCAUGAAAGUUCUCGCCAUUUAUCUUCUCAUGAUCAAAAAGGUCCGUCUACCUCUGCAAUUGCACACAAUUUAAGGCAACAGCAGAAUGCUCAUUUUUCCUCAGCCAUUCAUCAGUUAAGUCCUCGAUUAAACGUGUCCCCGCAUGACAGAAUAAGUGAUUCUCCUGUGAUUGCCAAUUUAUAUGCUGCUGGUCAAAGCAGAGUUCCACAGAUCACCCUUGCUGGUCAAGUGGAUGAUCAUAAAUCAGAUAAUGUGGGAGCUUUAUCAUCUCACCAUUAUAAAAAGGAAGAAACUAUUAAGCAGCCUCCAGUUGCUCAUCAAGUACAGCCAUCUACAAAUCCAUAUGCAUUAGAAGCUGUACAUUCCAGGCAGCAAGUGUUGGGUGUUAUGCAACUUGGUGCGGGCCACUUGGAUAGUAGGACUCCUAAUCCAUCACAUUCUCCCACCCCCCAUGUGUACAAGAAAGAUCCAAAUCAGUCCCUUCAACUAUCAAUGCAUAAUGCCAUUACAGACAAAAGGAUUAAUCCUGAGCAUUCAAAGAAAUUAGUUCAUGCGAGAACAUUAAGUCAUCAAGGAUCUUCUGUAUCCCCAGGUCCUGCUGGUCUUGGUCCUGCUCGAUCUCCCGUGCCAUGGCCUGCAGUGAUUCAGUCUCAUAACACUCAUCCUUCUCUAGCUCAAUCACCUCAUCACAUGAUUCCUACUGAUCAGACAUCACGCAGAGUCAAUGCUCACCUACCACCCUCCGAAGUUGCGGCUCUUGUACCUCCACCGCCGGCUCAUCAAUCACCACCUAGAAUAUUAGAUCAGAUAUUAAAUCGCUAUCCAGUUAUGUGGCAAGGGCUACUAUGUCUAAAAAAUGAUCAAGCAGCUGUUCAAAUGCAUUUUGUGUCAGGAAAUAUGGGAAUUGCGACCGCUUCUCUACCACCUAUAGUGGAUAAUGAAACAUCUCCUGUAAGAGUUGCCCAACGCAUGAGAUUAGAUCAACAACAGCUAGAAGGUGUUCAAAAGAAAUUGCAGCUUCCUGAAGAACAUUGCGUACUUCUGGCAUUACCUUGUGGGAAAGAUCAACUGGAUGUAUUAAAUCAGUCAAAGAACUUAUCAACAGGCUUUAUUCAAUAUCUUCUCAGCAAACAAGCAGCAGGCAUCGUAAAUGUGGCUACACCUGGAUCUCAGCAACCAGCGUAUGUGAUUCAUAUAUUUCCUACUUGUGAUUUUACGAACCAAAGGCUACAUAUUGUUGCGCCAGAUUUACAUCAGAUAAUUGCGGACAUAAGUCACUUACUAAUUGUUAUUGCAACUGUGUGACUUUUUUAUUGUUGAAUUAAGAUGGUAUAAAUUGUUCCCAAAUGUACUGACAACUGCCUUUAGCAGAGUCAUCAAUAACUCCUGCAUCUGGUACUCAGAGCCCCGAGUCCGAUGCUUGGUAUGAUGCCCAUCGAGGGCUAACAUAUUGUGAUGUCUUCAUAUGAAAGAGGUUGCCUGAAGAUAUAAGUGUGUAAUUAGUUCAAGGAUCACCAGAAUAUUCAGAGCGGAUUUUAUGUCUUAUAUAUAUAAUUGAUGUUAUGUUAUGUAUCAAAAUUUCUUAAAUGAUGUAAAAAUAAUAAUGGGAUUCCUUUCUGUUACCAAAGUGUGCAAAAGAACGUACAAUUUGAAAAGUUUUGUUGAAUUUUACGAGUUACAUUUUAAUCUAUUAUUUGUUAUAAAACAGUGAAAAAAAAUGUGUAAUUAGUGCUGUGUGUCUGUCUGUAUGUGUGUGAGAGUGUGGAUAAUACUGGACUAAAAAAAUGAUUCUGUGAUGGAGUGACGAUUAAUUAACGAAGUUAUUAGGAUUGAACUGAUAUUGAUGAAAUGUGUUUAAAAAAAUGUACAAAGCCUGCCUGGGGCAUUUUGCUCCAAGAUAGGUUGUGUUUUGUUAUUCUUAUCUGUGUUAUAUAAAUUAGAUUCAUUCUCUGUACAGAAACUCUAUAUUCAUUCAUACUACCAUGUGGUCCCUUCCAUAUUGUAAAAUAAUUCAUUUGUUGCAUUCUUUGUUCCCCGACCACUUCUAUAAAAAAUAAAAAUAAAUAAUUAAAAAAAAAAAAAAAAACAUCUCAUUAUUCAUGGGGCCAUUUGGCUGUAAAUUUUGUAAAUAUGUAAAUGUUUUAGUGAUUGUAAAUUUUUGAUGAAACAAAAAAGCUAUUAAUCCCAUAGGACUAUUAGUGAUAUGGACUUCAUAACUGCCCAGAUGAUUGCUUUCAAAGUAAAAUCAUGAGAAUUGUAUAUGGUUAGCCUGGCCCAAUGUAAUUAAAACCCCAUCAUUGUAAAAAAUUAUACAUAAUUGCAUAUACAAAUAUAUAUAUAUAUAAAUAUAAAUAAAUAAAUAUAUAUAUAAAUAUAUAUGAAGAAGAAGAAACCUUGUGUUGUUCUUUGUUGCUUCACCUAAAAAAAUUGAGCUUAAUAAGUAUUUGGUGUAAGGAAAAAAAAAUGAUUCCCUGUUUUUGAAUGGAUGGCAGGGAAGGCAACAUGUAUAAAAAGAAGAAACUGUAAAUUUUUAUGUUCUGUUUUUCAUUUUGUACAGGCACAGGAUUUAUGACAGAUGGAUGUACAGUAAUGUCAGACUUUUCAUUGCAUCUGUUCUCCCAUAUUUGCUCAAAAGCCAUCACUGCAAAGAGUACCAGCAGAUAUUUUCACUUCUUUCAUUGUGAUUUCCACCAAGUUCAGCUGCUCUAUUUUUGAUGUGAAAAUUUCUCAAGUGUCUAUUUUGUGUCUUUGCAGCCCAGUUAUUGUAAAUAUUCCAAAAGGGGCUGCUUUGAUUUAAAAACAAUUGUUUUUUUUUUCUGCUGAAGCACUCUAUACAGUGAGUUAAGUUAUUCGUAAAGUCAGUAAACAGCUAUCACUAAA